AUGAUACUGGGCAUUUUAUCGGUAGCCAGUCAGAAAGAGUCGGUACAAAACCAGGUCUUAAAAAUCAAGCCAGUGGUUGAGAUUGUUUUUCUUCCCCCUGUAAACAGAUUUAUAUCAUUUUCAACAGGUUUCUCCUUUGUCCCUCCUCCCUUUGCCUCGUUUCUCACAGGCUUAAGACCGACCAAUCGACCGAAGCGCCCAAGUAAUCUAGUAAACAAACAGAGAUCAAAAGAGCUGACAAUGUCGAAUGACGGAGAUAAUAACACCACUAAUGCUAACCUUCAGAUGCAAUUGCAGCUCCAGAAUCAGCGUGCACAGAUGCAACAGCAGCAGCUUACACUCCAUGCUUUCUGGCAGCAUCAGAUUCAAGACAUUUCACAGAUUGAUCCGAAUGCUUUUGACUUUAAAACGCAUCAAUUGCCACUUGCACGCAUUAAAAAGAUUAUGAAGACAGAUGAAGACGUUCGUAUGAUUAGUGCUGAAGCACCUGUGCUCUUUGCAAAAGCCUGUGAGAUGUUUAUUCUAGAGCUCAGUCUCCGUGCUUGGAUCCAUACGGAAGAGAAUAAACGACGUACACUACAGCGCAAUGAUAUUGCCAUGGCUAUUACGAAGACCGACGUCUUUGACUUUCUUAUUGACAUUGUCCCGCGCGAUGAUAUUAAGCCAGCGAAGAAGGGCCCUGUGGAUCCUCAGACUGUGUACCAACAACAGCUUCAACAGCAACAAGCAGCAAUGCUACAACAACUUUUGCAGACGCAACAGAACGGCACAACGGCCGGUGGCAUCCAAUGGCCAAACCAACAGUUGCAGCAGCAAAUGCUCCAGCAGUACCAGCGUAUGCAGCAAAACGCAGCUGGGGGUGCGGGUGGUCUCAACACGUCUUUGAAUGGAGCGUUGCCAAACUUGUCGCCUUCGGGAAGCGACGUUGCUAGCCAAGCUUCGGUGAAUACGACUCCAGGUACGUCGACGCAGCCGUCGACAUCUGAUCAGCUUGCAUUGAACCAGCGCAGCGUCGAUGUAUGA